AUGUCUCAAUCAAUUACCUUCACAGAAGCAGACCAGGCUCUUAUGGUCGCCAUUAUCAGCCAGUUGGGAAUCGGCAAGAUAGAUAGAAAACAGCUCCAACUCGACCUAGGCCUUGCGACCAUAGGCACGGCUGAUGCGCGUCUGUCUCGAUUCAAAGCCAAGCUUGCCAAAGCCAAAGGCGAAGGUGAAGGCGGAUCACUAGCCCCCACAAAGGCCAAACGAGCAUCGCCGACCAAGAAACGCAAGAUCAAGGUCGAGGAGGCGGAAGAUCACAGUGAGCAUUUUGAGGAUGGGAUGACUGAUAACAAUUCUACUGGUAUGAUGGCAAUGGAAACUCCAACUCGCAAGGGUUCUGGACGGCAGGCUAGGGUUCGAUCGGUCAAGGAAGAGCUGGAUGAGGUGGACUACGAGUUUCAGGAGUCGGGUUUGGGCAAUAUCUGGGAGUAG